UCUGACAUGUACGAUAGGUUAAUGAUAUAAAAGUUGUAUUCCUAUGAACUUCCAGUGUAGUGAGAGACUUUUUCACAGUGCUACGUCAUACUGGACGGACUUCUGGCUGCUUGAACGCCAAUAACUCAGAUGCACAAUGAAAACAUGAAAUGAUCCAGGGAAUCGAUAGAACAUCACUUAAGAGAUGGACAAAAACGAUAUAACAUUCAUUAUGGGUGAGCCUUUCCUUUAACAAAGCCAGGCACAGAACACAACAGAAGCAUAAAGACAAACGUUAGUGGGAAAAAAACAACGUUUAAAAAAAAUCUUUCUCACCGAGAGAAGUUCUGAGCACAACUAAACAACACCUUAUACCACCAUCUAAGUUUGUUGGCACGCCCUGAGGGGCGUGUCUGCAUUCACUGAGUGACGUGGUUCACUAUGAGAACACGAAAACACAGCAAGUCGAAACUCCCUGAUUCUACCAGAGAAAUGAAAAUGUGCUCGUUCUAGCUUAUGGAUUGGAUGAUUAUGAUCAAAACAUAUCAUUGCUAAUAUGAUAAUGACUACAUGUUGUUGCAGAGCCAGGGUGAAAUCCCUUUUAACUCAGCAACAUUUGUAGUUUUUCGAGCAUGAACGGCUUGUUUAAGGUCCUGCCACAACAUCUCAAUUGGAAUAGAGGUCCUGGAUGGCAGGAAGCUUGGCCCCAGUGAUGUACUGGGCCGCUCAUAGGUGUUCCUUUUGUUAGAUAUGUUAGGGCGGUAUGACAAUUAGACUGGGUCUAGGGUUUCUAGGAUAAUGGUGUUGAUGUGAGCCAUGACCAGCCUUUCAAAGCAUUUCAUGGCUACAGACGUGAGUGCUACGGGUUGUUACGCAUUAAGGUAGGUUACCUUAGUGUUUUUGGGCACGGGCACAAUGGCAGUCUGCUUGAAACAUGAUGGUUUUACAGACUUGGACAGGGAGAGGUUGAAAAUGUAAUUGAAGACACUUACCAGUUGGUCAGCACAUGCUCGGAGUACACUUCCUGCUAAUCUGGCCUUGUGAAUGUUGACCUGUUUGAAGGUCUUACUCACAUCGGCUGCUGAGAGCGUGAUCACACAGAUGUCCGGAACAGCUGAUGCUCUCAUGCAUGCCUCAGUGUUGCUUGCCUCGAAGCGAGCAUAGAAGUGAUUGAGCUCGUCUGGUAGGCUUGUGUCACUGGGCAGCUCGCAGCUUCCCUUUGUAGUCUGUAAUGGUUUUCAAGGCGUUGGAGCUGGAGCAGUACGAUUCGAUCUUAGACCUGUAUUGACACUUUUCCUGUUUGUUUGUUCGCCGGAGGACAUAGCAGGAUUUCUUAUAAACUUCUGGGUUAGAGUCCCGCUCUUUGAAAGUGGCAGCUCUACCCUUUAAUUCAGUGCGAAUGUUGCCUGUAAUCCAUGGAUUCUGGUUGGGGCAUGUCCUUCUGUUGGCACAUUAUGAAGACAAACCUUCAUCUGCUUCUGUUGGCACAUUAUGAAGACAAACCUUGAGGUUCUUCUGUAGGCAAGUUAUUCAGAAAGUAUUCAAAUGCCUUUAUUUUAUCCACAUUUUGUUGUGUUACAAAUUGGGAUUAAAAUGGGUUUAGUUUAGUCAUUUUUGUCAACGAUCGACACAAUGCUGUGUAAAUUUAAAGUGGAACAUUUGUAAAAAUAAAAAAAAAGUAAUGAAAAGUAAAACAUCAAUAUAUCUUGAUUAGAUACAGUAAGUAUUCAACGCCCUGAGUCACUACACGUUUGAAUCAUCUCUCACAGCGAUUACAGCUGUGAAUCUUUCUCGGUAUGUCUCUAAGAGCUUUGCACAUUAUUCUUUUUAAAAUCCUUCAAGCUCUAUCAAAUUGGUUGUUGAUCAUUGCUCGAUACAUCCUCAAGUCUUGCCAUAGAAUUUAAAUCAGAUUUAAGUCUGAAUUGUAACAUUCAAUGUUGUCUUGUUAAACAAUUCCAGUGUCUAUUUGGCCUUGUGUUUAAAGUUAUUUGUAUUUUUCCUUUAUUUCACUAUGUAUACUGUCUACUGUCUAUAUUUACCAUGUAUACUGUACAUUAACCAUGUAUACUGUAUACUGUCUAUUUUAUUUUACCUUUAUUUAACCAGGCAAGUCAGUUAAGAACAAAUUCUUAUUUUCAAUGACGGCCUAGUGGGUUAACUGUCUGUUCAGGGGCUGAAAGACAGACCUUGUCAGCUCGGGGGUUUGAACUUGCAACCUUGCGGUUAUUAGUCCGACGCUCUAACCACUAGGCUACCCUGCCACCCCAGCUGAAAGGUGUAUUCAUCUCAGUGUCUGGUGGAAAGCAGACUGAACCAGUUUUUUCUCCAUUCCCUUUCUUUUUAUUCUGAAAAACUCCCUAGUCCUGCAAAAUAUAAUGUAGACAUCACCUUGUGUUGGACACUUUAUAUUCAGGACAUUCAUUUCUUUUGUUACAUUUUUUUUGCAGUUUCACUUCUCACUCUGUCAUUUUCGGUUAGUAAUUGUAGUAAAUACAAUGUUGUUGAUCCAUCCUCAGUUUUCUCCUAUCACAGCCAUUAAACUCUGCAACUGUUUUAGAGUCACCAUUGGCCUCAUGGUGAAAUUAGCUUAGCUUCUUGUUAAUCGAGCCAUUGUGUCCGAUUUCAAAAAGGCUUUACAGCAAAAGCACACCAUAUGAUUAUGUUAGGUCAGAGCCUAGUCACAGAAAAACACAGCCAUUUUUCCAUCCAAAGAGAGGAGUCACAAAAAGCAGAAAUAGAGAUAAAAUUAAUCACUAACCUUUGAUGAUCUUCAUCAGAUGGCACUCAUAGGACUUCAUGUUACACAAUACAUGUAUGUUUUGUUCGAUAAAGUUCAUAUUUAUAUCCAAAAAUGCACAUUGGUGCGUUAUGUUUAGUAAUGUUGUGCCUCAAACACAUCCGGCGAAUUUGCUGAGAGCCACAUUAAUUUACAGAAAUACUCAUUAUAAACGUUGAUAAAAGAUACAGUGUUAUGCACAGAAUUAAAGAUAUACUUCUCCUUAAUGCAACCGCUGUGUCAGAUUUCAAAAAGCUUUACGGAAACGCUUGUCAUCCGAACGUGAAAAUACUGCCCCCUAUCCCAAACAGGUUAACACAUUUGUACUCCUGAAAUGAUUUAGUCUUGCCAUAAGAAAGGGGUUGAAUACUUUUUGACUCAAGCUCAGCUUUUCAUUUUUUUUUUAAAUGAAUUUGUAAAAGAAAAAAUCUAAAAACUAGAAUUCCACGUUGACAUUAUGGGGUAUUAAACCAGAGACACAAACAUCUCAAUUGAAUCCAUGUUAAAUUCAGACUGGAACACAACAAAACGUUUUAAAGGUUCAGGUGAAUACAUUCUGAAGGCACAUAACUACAACCUGGAGUCAGACUAGAGAUGGACACAAUCACAUAUGGAUUGUAUCAAUGAUAAGUAGGCAUUUAAAUUGGGUAAGAGGUCAGUUAUGUGACAGGUGUGUUUCACCAGAACUCACUAGUGUUAUUGCCCAUGUAGUGGUUGAAUCCCAAAUGGCAUCCUAUUCCCUACAAUAGUCUACUAUGUCGACCAGAGCCCUGAGGACCCUGGGCAAAACGAGUGCAAUUUGGGAGGCAGCACUAUCUGUUUGUAAAUCAUCUACCUGGGCUAUACUAUCAGGUGGACAUUGAACCCUGAAACGUUCAAAGUAUUGCCAGCCUAUAUGUUGCAGUUUGCAGUCCCCUGCAGAGCGUUGUUAAUGCUGCAUGGACUCUAUAGCACCGACACAAUGUAUUCCCGCUCUCCUUGGGGACACCUCUCGUUUCUAAGUCUGGUGUCAUUUCUCCUUCUCCUUCCUGCACCGUGCUGCCAUGGAGGAAAAGUCCUGGUCUUUCCUGUCGAUGGAAGCCACUGGAUCAACAUGAAGGUACUGAUCGAGGAGCUCCAUGGCAGAGGCCACACCAUCACAGUGGUCAGACCCUCCACCAGCUGGUACAUCACGGAGAAGUCACCUCUAUACACCUCCAUCACCAUCAAGGAGAAAGAUAACUUAUACAGCUACAUCGAAACCUUCCUACAGAAUCAACUGAAGGCUCAGAGAGAGGGGAUAUCUUUGCUGAAGUUCUUCCAACUAACCAAGGAGUUCCUCAGUAUGAUAGAAGAAGCCCACAUCCUGGGCUGCGAGAUGCUGGCUCGCAUGUUCGACGACAAGAAGCUGAUGAAGAGUCUCCAGGACGCUCAGUAUGACAUGAUGCUCACCGACCCUAACCUCGCUGGAGGGCUGCUGAUGGCCCACUACCUCAAACUGCCUGUGGUGCUCAACGCCCGUUGGAUCACCAGCGGGGAGGGCCAUUUUGCCAUCGCCCCCUCUCCCUUGUCCUACAUCCCGGUCACAGGGUCUGGAUUCAUUGACAAGAUGACCUUCGUCCAACGGGUCCAAAACAUGCUGCACUACAGCAUCAUCGUGUAUCAGCAGAGGUUCGUAGUUGGGCCGAUUUAUGACGCAAUUUGCGCCAAGUACUUCGAAGGGGGCUGUGACAUCAUCUCCUUGAUCCAGGAAGCUGACAUCUGGCUGAUGAGGUCUGACUUUGUGUUUGACUUCCCCCGUCCCACCAUGCCCAACGUCGUCUACAUGGGGGGGUUCCAGUGCAAGCCGGCCCAGCCCCUGCCUCCAGACCUGGAGGAGUUUGUCCAGAGUGCCGGGGAGCAUGGGGUGAUCGUCAUGUCUCUGGGGACUCUUGUCAAUGCACUUCCUGUUGAUAUCACAGACCAGAUCGCCAGCGUGUUCGCCAAGCUGCCUCAGAAGGUGAUCUGGAGGCACCGGGGCAAGAGGCCCUCCACUCUGGGCAACAACACUCUUCUGGUGGACUGGAUGCCCCAGAAAGACCUCCUGGGCCACCCCCAGACCAGAGCCUUUGUGGCCCACGGAGGAACCAAUGGGGUCCAGGAGGCCAUCUACCACGGCACCCCAGUGCUGGGGAUACCCCUGUUCUUUGACCAGUAUGACAAUCUUCUGCGUCUGCAGGAGAGAGGCGCUGCUAAGAUCCUGGAGCUGGCCAUGUUCAACGGACCCAAUUUCCAGCAGGCUCUGAACCAGGUGCUCACCCACGCCCCCUACAGGGAGAACAUGCAGAGGCUGUCCCGCCUGCACAGGGACCAGCCCAUCAAGCCCAUGGACAAGGCCCUCUUCUGGUUGGAGUUUGUGAUGCGACACAAGGGGGCGUCUCACCUCCGUACGUCGGCCAACAGGAUGCCCUGGUACUCUUACCACUCUGUGGACGUGUUGCUACUGCUGCUGGCUGCCGGGGGAGGAGUCUUUCUCUCUACUGGGCUCCUGAUCAGGAUCCUCUGGAGAACCUGCCGGAAGAACAGGAACAAAACCAAACAACACUGACACCAGUUGUAGAAUCGCAUUACUGGAAACCAAGACUGUUCUCAGGGCAGACCUGCUUAUAGCUAGAUAUAUUGCGUACGGGACAGUUCUACCAUUUUCCUUAAUUUAGUUUCCUUACACCCACAGUGCCUUCAGAAUGUAUUCACAUCCCUUGACUUGUUCAACAUGUUGAUGUGUUACAACCUGAAUUUAAAAUUGAUUUAAAAAAAUGUUUAAGCUGACAUGUCUUUAGUCAAUAAGUUUUCAACCACUUUGUUAUGGCAAGCCUAAAUAUGUUAAUGAGUUAAAAUGUGCUUAACCAAGUCACAUAAGUUGAAUGGACUCACUCACAUGAUUUUUUUUAUGACUACCUUAUCUCUGUACCUCACACAUAUGUAACAAGCAGUGAAUUUCAAACACAGAUUCAACCGCAAAGACCAGGGAGAUUUUCCAAUGCCUUGCAAAGAAGGGCACCUAUUGGUAGAUGGGUAAAAAUAAACAAGACAUUGAAUAUCA